AUGAAACUAUUCUUCUUUUUGUCUGCGUUGUUAUGCUUCGCAGUGAAUCAAGGUUAUGGGAAACGGGUGAUGUGCUAUUAUACGAAUUGGGCAGGGUAUCGACCAGCUGAAGGAAGUUUUUCAGUAAAAGAUAUCGAUCCGAACUUAUGUACACAUAUCAUUUAUUCGUUCGCGCGCGUACAAGGCAAUGAUUUAGCAACUACAGAAGGAAAUGAUCCAGAAAUGUAUAAGCGAAUCAUGGAAUUGAAAAAAAUCAACCCGGAUCUGAAAGUUAUGUUGGCAGUCGGUGGGUGGAAUCAUGGUGCAGCCCCAUUUACGCAAAUGGUCUCUACAGAAAAAUCACGAGCUGAAUUCGUGGAAAAUUCUUAUAAUUUUCUUAAAAAGCAUGGCUUUGAUGGUCUUGAUCUCGAUUGGGAAUAUCCAGCUGAUCGUGGUAGUCCACCUGAAGAUCGUCAACGGUUCACUCAGCUCGCCAAACAAUUGAGUGCAAAGUAUAAGCCAGAAGGUCUUCUUGUAUCAGCUGCAACACCAGCUUCUCCUUCCCGUUACGAUGGUAGCUAUGAACCCGAAGUUUGCGAGCAUUUAGAUUUUAUCAAUAUAAUGGCUUACGACUUUUCGGGUCAGUGGGAGCGUCAAGCUGGACACAACAGUCCAUUAACAGCACAAAAACAAAUUGUGCAACAUAUGUUACGAAAACCGGCUUGCACUCCAGAUAAACUUAAUUUAGGCAUGGGUGCUUAUGGACGAACCCAUCAAUUAGCUAAUCCAUCUUUACAUGAAAUCGGAUCUCCAACGGUAGGUAGCGGUGCUAUUGCUGGUCCAUACACACGAGAAAGCGGUUUCAUGAGUUACUAUGAAGUAUGUGACAAACUCAACCAAGGAUGGUCACAAGGAUGGUCAGAUCAGCACAAAGUUCCAUAUGCGCACUCCGGUUCGCAAUGGGUUGGUUAUGACAAUCCAGAAAGUAUUGCUAUCAAAGCUGAGUAUGUCAAUGAAAUGGAUUUGGGCGGUGCGAUGUUUUGGGCUAUGGAUUUAGAUGAUUUUCGUGGUGAUAAAUGCAAUCAAGGAAAAUUUCCUUUGAUUAACGCCGCAAAAGAUGUCGUCAAUGGAAAAUCGCCAUCAACAAGACCAAGCACGACACGUACAACUCCAACAACAACUCCAAUUCCUACCGAUCGAACUGAUACUGCAACAUUAUAUUGUCAAAAUUCAUUAGAGAAGCAAACAUAUGCAAAUGUCUCUGCCAAUUGUGAAAGUUAUUAUGAGUGUUUAACAACACCAAGUGGCAAACAAAUUACUGUCUCUCGAACGUGUCCGAAACCAUUGAUUUACUCCGAAGAUAAAAAGAAAUGUGUCAAAGAGAGAGAUUUAACUGACGUUUCCAUCAAAUGUUCUACAAAAUUGGGAUUGUCUGCUCCAUCGUCAUCGUCAGCCAAUUGUUGGGAUCCAUCCUCUUUUAUACCAGAUUCUCAAUGUCGAUUCUUUACUGAUUGUUCAACCAAACGUCGGUACGAAUGUCCCCCUGAUUCGUCAUUCGAGCGCAACUUAAAACGCUGUGUGCCGAAAAAACAUGUUCAAUGUUGGUGGUGA